CCUGUGUUGUUUUAAACACAUUCAUAACCUUAGUUUGUCUUCUGAACUAGACUUCUGUUCGAAAUUGCUUCUGCUGCAACCUUAAAGAGCUCUGAGUCCCUAGCCGAUAACAUGCCAGAUGCCUUGAGGCAGAGUCGGUACCAUAUGAAGAAGUGCUUUGCUAAGUACCUAGAAAAGGGAAGAAGGAUAAUGAAACUUGACCAUUUAAUGGUUGAAAUGGAGCAGGUGAUCGAUGACAAAGAGGAAAGAACUCAGGUCCUGGAGGGCGUGAUUGGCUACAUAUUGUGUACCACACAGGAAGCUGCUGUUAUACCACCGCAUGUUGCUUUUGCCAUAAGACCAAAUCCUGGAUUUUGGGAAUUUGUCAAAGUCAGCUCUGAUGAUUUAUCGGUUGAUGCCAUCACUGCUACAGACUACUUGAAGUUCAAAGAAAUGGUAUAUGAUGAAAAAUGGGCAAAGGAUGAAAAUGCUUUGGAAGUAGAUUUCGCAGCUUUCGACUACCCUCUUCCUCACUUAACCCUAUCUUCUUCAAUUGGAAAUGGACUCAAUUUUGUUGCAAAGUUCAUGACUUCAAAGCUUAGUGGAAAACUGGAGAAUGCACAACCUCUCGUUGACUAUUUGCUAACGCUCAAUCACCAAGGAGAAAAACUUAUGAUAAAUGACAACCUUAAUACUGCAUCAAAGCUUCAGAUGGCCCUCAUAGUAGCCGAAUUGCUUGUCUCAACACUUCCCAAAGACACUCCAUAUAAUAAUUUUGAGCUAAGGUUUAAGGAGUGGGGCUUCGAGAAAGGAUGGGGAGAUACUGCACAAAGAGUACAAGAGACAAUCAAAGCAGUCUCAGAAGUUCUCCAAGCACCCGAUCCAGUGCAUAUGGAGAGUUUAUUGAGCAGACUUCCUACAAUAUUCAAUGUUGUAAUUUUCUCCCCUCACGGCUACUUUGGCCAAUCAGAUGUCCUAGGCUUGCCGGAUACUGGCGGGCAGGUAGUUUACAUUCUAGAUCAAGUGAAAGCUCUAGAAGAAGAAUUGCUCCUCAGAGUCAAGCAGCAGGGGCUAGAUCAUGUGAAGCCUCAAAUUCUUGUGGUCACACGACUUAUACCCGAUGCACGUGGAACUAAGUGCAACCAAGAACUGGAAGCAAUCAUUGGAACCAAGCACUCAAACAUCCUCCGUGUGCCUUUUCAGACUGAAAACGGGAUCCUCCGCCGCUGGGUUUCUCGUUUUGAAAUUUAUCCCUAUCUUGAGAAGUUCACUCAGGAUGCUACAACCAAGAUCCUCGACUUCAUGGAAGGGUACCCAGAUCUUAUCAUUGGAAAUUACACUGAUGGGAAUUUAGUGGCAUCUCUCAUGGCUAGUAAACUUGGGAUAACUCAGGGAACUAUUGCCCAUGCUUUGGAGAAGACUAAAUAUGAAAACUCAGACAUCAAAUGGAAGGAAUUAGACACUAAGUAUCACUUCUCAUGCCAAUUCACUGCUGAUACAAUUGCAAUGAAUGCAACAGAUUUCAUCAUAGCUAGCACAUUCCAAGAGAUUGCAGGAAGCAAAGACAGACCAGGACAAUAUGAAAGCCAUGCUGCAUUUACGCUUCCAGGACUUUGUAGAGUUGUUUCAGGCAUCAACGUAUUUGAUCCCAAAUUCAACAUUGCUGCACCAGGGGCCGAUCAAUCUGUCUAUUUCCCUUACACAGAGAAUCAAAGGAGAUUCACAUCAUUUCACCCUGCCAUUGAAGAACUACUGUACAGUAAAGAGGACAACAAUGAACACAUUGGAUAUCUAGCGGACAGGAACAAACCUAUCAUCUUCUCGAUGGCAAGGCUCGAUGUUGUGAAGAACAUAACUGGAUUAACCGAGUGGUAUGGGAACAACAAGAGGCUGAGAGAUUUGGUUAACCUUGUUGUGGUUGGGGGCUUCAUUGAUCCUUCAAAAUCAAAGGAUAGAGAAGAGAUAUCUGAAAUAAAAAAGAUGCACACAAUUAUAGAAAAAUACGAUCUUAAGGGUCAGAUAAGAUGGAUUGCGGCGCAAAGCGAUAGGCAACGCAACAGCGAACUCUACCGCUGUAUUGCUGACACAAAGGGAGCUUUUGUGCAGCCUGCUUUGUAUGAAGCAUUUGGCCUGACGGUCAUCGAAGCAAUGAACUGUGGACUUCCCACCUUUGCUACCAAUCAAGGAGGUCCUGCAGAAAUCAUCGUUGAUGGGGUCUCAGGUUUCCACAUUGAUCCCAACAAUGGCGAUGAGUCAAGCAACAAAAUUGCUGAGUUCUUCGAGAAGUGCAAGGUGGAUGCAACAUACUGGAGCAAGUUUUCAGCUGCAGGUUUGCAGCGUAUAAAUGAAUGCUAUACCUGGAAGAUAUAUGCAAACAAGGUGUUGAACAUGGCGAAUAUUUACAGCUUCUGGAGACAGUUGAACAAGGAUCAGAAAAAGGCAAAGCAAAGAUACGUACAAAUGUUCUAUAAUCUCUUAUUCAGGAAUUUGGCAAAGAAUGUACCCAUCCCAAGUGAUGAUGAAGCUUCGCCACCAGAACCAAAGCCAAAUACCAAACCAGCAGUAACACCAUCAAAAGGCAUCAAACGGGCAGAGACCCGACUGCAAAGGAUGCUUGGAGCUUAAAGUGUCAAACAACAGAGGCAGCUUGCUUAAUUCGAUUGCAUUCUCAGCCUUCCCUCUCAAGUCUUCCCAAAGUUCCAGUACUUUUUUGUUUUGUUUUUCCCCAUCUUUAUAAAUAAAAGCUAUUAAUAUUGUGUAAGGAUUAAUAAAGGGAGAUUUGGUUUGACUGAUGAUGUGUUGACCAGUUCUGCUGUGACCUGUAAGCGAGUCUUUUUAUACUCUAUAAUUAACGAGAAGCAUUAUGAGCUUUUAUUUAUUUGUUUCUCUAGCUUUAUAUA